AUGGGCGGGAAGUCCUCAAGGAAAUCAGGCCCGCGACUCAGUCCCACUGCGGAUCUGAGCAACGUCGCCCACCCCGUCAAUGUCGAUCCUACACAGCCUCGUGCACAGACUCAUCUCAUAAGCAACGAAAUAGAAUGUGGCGUGCGGAAAGCAGAUCUGAAGGGGGAGUUUCGUAUGUUCGAAUCCAUUUAUCCCAGGGUUAUUAUCGUGGCGAAAACCGCACUCAGGGAGCUGGCGAAAAAGGCUGCUUCGGUUUCGUACACAACGUACCCAAGAGAGUUUUUCGUCCGACUGCAAGUCUCGUUGACCGCGUCCGGACUGCUUCGCAAGAUUUUGAAACGAUACAUCACACUCGAAGACAUACACCACGACAUCGGCAACCUAUUCUUCCUCCUCGAUCUGCUGAAGCGAGAUGAGCGAAGCUGCAGUGCGGGAGGCUUCGGAUGUGUUUACAAAGUCACCGUCGGAGGGGUUGAAUUGACGGCGAAGCUUGUUUCGAUAGAGAAGUUUUCGAAUGCCAGGUCGGCCUCUUCCGACAAGUUAGUGGUGUCUAUGGCCCAGAGUCCUUUCAUGGUGACAUAUCAUUCAUGUUUCUGUGCGGACAAGGCUUUCGUGACGCUAAUGGAGUACAUCCGAGGGGUCGACCUCAGCCGAGUGGUCAAAAAUUUCGGGUCGUUCGAAGAGGAAGUUUUGAGCAUACUACUCGCCCAAGUCUGCCUAGCCACAUUUUAUCUCCACAUCCAAGGAGUUAUCCAUCGAGACAUAAAGCCCUCAAACAUCAUGGUCCUGCCGAGCGGUCGGAUCAAACUCUUGGAUUACGAUACAUGCAAAGUGUGCGUCGGCGCGUACGGCGAUGGUAUGACCGCAAGCUACAGACGCAAAACAUUCAUGGAGUUUCACGACAGCGAGAGCGCUGGAACCCCCGCCUUUCUGGCGCCAGAGGUAAUCGCCAAGGCCAGGUGGUCGGUGGGCGCGACAGCCUAUCAGUUGGCUUGUGGGGCGUUACCGUUCCGGGGCGCCCAGGUCGAGCUUGUCAAGAAGAAGAUACGUGAAGCCGUUUUCGUCCCGCCUCGGAGAAGUUCGGAGUCUUUCACAAGUCUGCUCAGGGGUUUCCUACGGAAAACUGUUGCAAAAAUCGUGAACCACUGUUUCUUCUUGUCCGUCUCGUGGGACACUUUGGAAGACGCCCAGACGCCCUGCUGUCUAGAGCACGUCAUUGCUAGCCUCAUGGAUCCGUCAGCUAAUGGAGGUUUCAGUCCUCAAGAGAGGAAAAUAGAUAUAAAGGAGCCAAAGAAGAAGCAACGAAAGCUCCUUUCUUUGCCGGAAGUCUCAGACAGUAGUCAACAAAUCGAGCUCUAUACAUACUGGUCUGAUUGGAUGGCGACUUCCCUGGAGCGAUUGGAAAAUCAAGAAGAGCUCGCUCCGCAAUCAGCCGACACCGAUUACAUACGUCGACCGAAGGACAUCUAUCUGAAGGAGGCUUCGAACCGCUUGCAAGCUUCCGCCGAUGGAGAGGACAGUCUGGACUCGUCAGAUGAUCUGCCGAAAGAUCCAUUUGCCCCCGAGUGCAAGAUCCCGCUGCCAGUGACAUUCGCGCCUUUCGACUACGGUUGGAUCGAGCCGUCGUUCAUCCGCAAACGGAACGAACGGGAGCGUCAGAGAGUCCGGAACGUCAAUGACGGCUUCGAGAGGUUGAGGACUCAUCUGCCUUUGCUCCAAAAAGGCAAAGACCGCAGGUUGAGCAAGGUGGAAACCCUGCGGUACGCUAUCGGUUACAUUCGACAUCUCCAGGGGAUGCUGAAGGAGUAA